CGGAUAACAUGGCAACUUGCAGAUUGCCGAUUGAUCGAUCGACCCGACGCCGGUCAUGAUCUACAACUUCUACAUCUUCAAUCGGUCUGGAGCAUGCUUGAUGUACGAGGAAUGGAACCGGUCGAGUGACGCCAUGACAUUGAACGACGCGGAAGAGGAGAAGCGGCUCAUGUUUGGGCUCAUUUUCUCCCUGAAGGAGUUUCUUCGCAAGAUGUCGCCUCCAACGUCAACGCCGCAGACUCACUCGCUCAAGACGUUCAAGACAGACGUGUACACGUGCCACCACUUGGAAACUCCGUCUGGAUUGCGGUUCAUCCUCUCCACAGACAACCAGAGCGGCGAUCUGCAGGAGGCGCUGCAGUACAUGUACGGCAACUUGUACGUCGAGUUGGUGACCAAGAACCCCGUGCACGACGCGCGGAGUACGAAGCCCAUCAAGUGCAAACUCUUUCGCGCCAAUAUCAAGGCAUACAUUGAAUCCCUUGCUUGCUUUAAGUAGUAAUCAUCUCAUAACGUUACCGCGUACGUUGUACCAAGUCA